AUGUCAUUUCUCUUCAAAUAUUCUGCAGUUCUGCGGAUCAUCAAGGCGCGUGAGCACUGUCAUAGAUUGAAGGAAGAGAAGAAGAAGCAGGAGCUGGCAGAGAAGAAGAGAAUUGAGGCCUUGUUCAGGUCUCAAAUAUGCUUCAUGAUUCAGAACAUUGAGAAGACAGCCCUGCUCUCUGAGCAUGCCAAUCUGCUUAUCACUGAGAUGGAACCCAAGACAGCAGAUCAGGAAAUGUGGGAUUUUGAGAUACAGGUUGAUCUGACUGAGAGGGAGCAGUGA